AUGCACGACCUGAUGCUGGCGAUGAUGGGGGACAUGUCUGAGGCAGGGAUCCGUUCAAGGAAGGAGGACUACAACAAAGCAGAAGAAUGGGUGGCAAAUGCAUUUUCGCUCCUGCCAACUCCGGUGCAGAAAGUGGAGGCCACAAAGAUUGCUAUAGUUUCUGGGUUUUUCUGCAGCCUAGGCUCAAGCAGGCUGCCAAAGGGCUUGUUGGCUUGGGUGCAGAGAGGUCAGCAUCACUUACAUCAACUCCUGCGGGAAGAGAAUGUGAAAGAAGUGCUGCGAAGGGAAGAGAAUGUGAAGAAGGCCUUGCGAAAAGAAGAGCUUGGGACUGUGGACAGCAUUUUUGGUAGAACAGGAGAGCAUUGGGAUUUCACAACCAGUGUGGGCACAGUUAUCAAGGGGUUCUUGGGACUGACACAGCGGAGUGGAAUAGAGGAGUGUGGCCGUCUUAUUGCUGGUGGGUGCUCUUUGGAGCAGCGCUUGGCUGAUACUUCAUUUACUGAAAAGCAUGUGCUGAGGGCACAUUCCAAAGGCGUGCUGUCAUUGGCGGCAGCAAGGGAUUGGUUGCUGUCAGGCACUUUGGACAGCACCAUUCAUGUGUGGAAGAUGGGCACAUGGGAGUGCAUUCAGGUUCUUGUCGGGCACAAUGGUGGGGUGCGUUCACUAGCUGUGGCACACGACUGGUUGGUCUCAUGUUCGAAUGACAAGACCAUUCGAGUUUGGAACUUGGGCACCUGGGAGUGUGUAAAUGUUCUGGAGGGACACGCUGACCGGGUGGCAUCAUUGGCCAUGGCACAGGAAUGGCUGGUAUCUGGUUCUGAUGAUGCGACGAUUCGAGUGUGGGACAUGGACACAUGGGAGUGCAUUUGUGUUUUGGAGGAACACUACGAUCCAGUGCAGUCAUUGGUUGCUGCACAAGAAUGGUUGAUAUCUGGUUCUGAUGACACGGCCAUUCGAAUAUGGAACGUGGGCACGUGGGAGUGUGUCUGUGUGCUGGAUGGACACACUAUGGGGGUGCGGUCGUUAGUUGUAGCACGAGAAUGGUUGGUUUCAUCUUCUGAAGAUGGGACCAUUCGAGUUUGGAGCAUGGGUGCCUGGGAGUGCAUUCACGUAUUUAAGGGACACGCUGACACAGCGUACUCGAGUUGGCCCCAAUCAGAUGAUGUGUCGUCAUUGGCCACCCGCAGUCGGUGCCUGUACUCAGCUUCAAUUGCCGACCACAGUAUUCGGGUGUGGAGUAUGGACACCUGGCAGUGCUUAAGAGUCCUGGAGGGACACAAGGAUGAAGUUAAUGCAUUGUUGUUCGUGCAUGACUGGCUGUUUUCUGGUUCUGAUGAUGAUAGUAUUCGAGUUUGGGGUGUUGUUCCCUGA